GCUGUGAACUGAUUCAAGUACGACCCAGGAGGAGUUGAAAAGAAGAAGAAAAAACUAUAUUUUGAAAGCUGUUUCCUUUUUGGAUCAAGGGGAGAUAACAUUUGUGAGAGCCCCAGUCCACCUUCCUGUGACACUUCAUCAUGGUGGACCUGUUUGUUGACCGGGUGCUGGUGAAGAACAACACGGACCAGGAUGAGCUAGACACAGAACGGGAGAUUGUCAUGCGCCUGCAGAACCGCAUCCUGAUGCUCUAUUUUGCGUCUGCUGCAUGUGAGAGCUGCCAGCAGUUUGCUCCGACGCUCACCGACUUCUUUGAACGAUUGACAGAUGAAUUUUAUGUGGACCGCGGUGCUCAGCUUGUUCUCCUGUACAUAAGUUUGGACCAGUCAGAGGAACAGCAAGAAAGCUUCCUCAAAAAGCUGCCCAAGAAGUGCCUGUUCCUGGCCUACGAGGACCCCUACAGGAGAGAGCUGAAGGCCAUGUUUAACGUGGAGGAGCUGCCCACAGUGGUGGUGCUGCGCCCCGACUGCUCCAUCCUCAUCCCUAACGCGGUGAAGGAAAUACUCUGCCAAGGCCCAGACUGCUACCGCAACUGGCAGGAAGCAGCAGAGCUCAUCGACCGGAAUUUCAUGAUCAGCGAGGACUUUGAGGGGAAGUCCAUGCGCAGCUUGAGUGACCCUGUGAGAAGACUGAAGUACAAGGUGGAAGAUAAGAAGAAGAAAAAGAAGAAGAAAAAGGACAGAGGGUGGGGUGGAGGUGGAGAGGAAGAUGCAGAAGUGGAGGGAGGAGCGGAUGGCAAGGAUGGAGGAAGGUCAUCAUGGUGAUGGGACAAUACUGUGGGUUUCCCCAAAAGUUACCAUGUUUGGUAAUAAAAAGCUUUGUCACAAGGUACAAUGCUGAUGCUGCCAAUGUAACACAGCGUUACCAAACAAAACCCUUUUUACAGCUCAAUGUCAGACAAUACUGGCAAAUCUGGCGUUACUGUCACUAGAUUUGCUUUUCUAUAGCGCCAAUCAACUCCUGUGGCCUUACCGGAAAAAUAUUGCCUGUAUAAGUGGGUGUGGAUAUGGCAACAACCAAUAAAAAAGUAAAGUAAAAGACUGUCUAAAUUAACACUGAAUACUGCUAACCAAUGCUGACCUCAGCUUAGAAUUGGCUGACUUUAAUAUCUUUGAAAGCUGCCAAGUAUACAGUCAAGCCAAGGUUAUGUCUGAGCCAAGUCUUACUAUUAUGGCUUGUUUUAUUACACCCAGGAGAUUCUUCCACACAUUUUCCCAUUUUCAACGACACAGCUUUGUAACGCGAAUUUUUUUUUUACGUGGUAAUUUGUACCAUCCAAUCAAAACAUCUGAAAUCAAUGAAUUAUUCAGCGGCUUUAAAAUAAUUUUGUUAGUGACUGUUGUGCUUUGAGUGUUUAUGAAGUCUGGCUCCACUUUACAGGCUACACAUGAAGCAAUCAGAGUUAUUCAAAGGCAGUCAAGUGAAAUUAUGGAGAAACUGGCUUUUCUAUAUAGUCAGUGAUUUCCUUUGACAUGACUCAGUGUCUUUCAUAAGGACUGUGUUUAGCCUUUGCACACUUCCUUGCACACGUAGACUGCAUAAAUGAUGCUUUUAUAGGAUCAAUCAGGAUCUAGAUAGACAAGAGGAAGAUGGGAGGUUAUCUUGUAUCCUCAUUAUCUGAGUGACCUAAUAAUAAUAAUAAUAAUAAUGCAUUUUAUUUAUGGGCACCUUUCAUAGCACUCAAGGACACCUUACAGUUAAAACAAGCAAAAAUACAGUUAAAAAGGCAAACAUAACUAAAUUAAAACAAUAACAUUUAAAAGAUUGAGAUAGAAAAUUGAAAGGAAGCAAUCUAUCCAUGAUUUUGACGUAGAGUGGAGUCAUGUGGGGUAGGCCCUUCGGAAUAGGUGGGUUUUGAGGGAGGUUUUAAAGGUGGGUAGAGACUCUAUGGUACAGAUGGACAACGGGAGGGAGUUCCAAAGGCAACACCUAAACCUUUAUAUGCUGCCAUUACUCCUGAAAAGCAAAUACAAAAAGCAAUAGAGUGCAUUUUUGCAUGGUAGGAGUAGUGGCAGUAGUGGCAGAUUACAGUAACAUGCUUCUGCAGAGACAGGUGAUGAAACCAGAAUGCCAUCAGCUGUCAUCAAGGUGUGACAUGCUUUAUAAAUGGCGAUGACAUGAUGAUUUAUUUCAAAGCCGGCAGAUUGACAAAUAGGCAACAUUUUCACAGCAAAGGACUUCCUUAAAAUGGAAAUAUUGCAAAUUCCUGUGCUUGAUUUAUGUGCAUAUCCUGCUACACAGCAAACAAUAGCUUUACAAUACCCUUUCUGCGUGUUCUCCUCAUAUGAGAAAUGUGAAUGCUAAACCUAAAUCUGAGCUGGUCAGUCCUGUAAAAAGACACAACGGUGUAAAUAAACAUGAACCACUGUUUAUUCUA